ACUGAUUUGUAUUUCUACAGCAUGAUCAGGAAGGUUUAUUGAGCAUGGCAAAUGCAGGCUGCAAUACAAAUGGUUCUCAGUUCUUUAUCACAACAGUCCCGACUCCUCACUUGGAUGGGAAACAUGUGGUAUUUGGCCAAGUAAUUAAAGGAAUGGGUGUGGCAAGGAUACUGGAAAAUGUAGAAGUGAAAGGUGAAAAACCUGCCAAAUUGUGCGUUAUUGCAGAAUGCGGAGAAUUGAAGGAAGGGGAUGAUUGGGGCAUAUUCCCAAAAGAUGGCUCUGGUGACAGUCAUCCAGACUUCCCUGAGGAUGCAGAUAUAGAUUUAAAAGAUGUAAAUAAAAUUUUACUAAUAACAGAAGAUGUAAAAAAUAUUGGAAAUACUUUUUUCAAAUCUCAGAACUGGGAGAUGGCCAUUAAAAAAUAUGCAAAAGUUUUAAGAUAUGUGGAAGGUUCAAAGGCUGUUAUUGAGAAAGCAGAUAGAUUGAAGCUGCAACCUAUAGCUUUAAGCUGUGUGCUGAAUAUUGGUGCUUGUAAACUGAAGAUGUCAAAUUGGCAGGGAGCAAUCGACAGUUGUUUGGAGGCUCUUGAAAUAGACCCAUCCAAUACCAAAGCAUUAUACCGUAGAGCUCAAGGAUGGCAAGGAUUAAAAGAAUACGAUCAAGCAUUGGCUGAUCUUAAGAAAGCUCAGGAGAUAGCACCGGAAGAUAAAGCUAUCCAGGCAGAAUUGCUGAAAGUCAAACAAAAGAUAAAAGCACAGAAAGAUAAAGAGAAGGCAGCGUAUGCAAAAAUGUUUGCCUAGUAAGAAAUUCAGUUUUAUUUAAAUAUGCAUUGAUUGUUAUAUAAAGGCAGUAAGAAAAUUUAAAGGUUUUUGUCAGUUAUAUAUGAUCCCUGAUGUGUUUCCUUUGAUACUUCAGUUUCCCAUUGUUUACAUUUCAGGAAUACUGAAAAGAGUUCACUCUUAAUAAAACAGUGUUACAAAAUACAGUGAAGUUUGAUUUUUUUUUAAAUGGCUUUCUGCAUUAAUCACAAAGAAUAAUGGUGUCUGUUAUUCUAAACUCGGUACCUGUUUCUAAACUCCUGAAGACACAUCUUGUUGAAUAAACAGUUUAAAGCUUAA